AGAGAGUGAGAGAGAAGGGAGAUACGCACACAUCCUGCGCCAGGAUUGUCAGCCACACUUCAGUGCAAAAAAAAAAAGUGUUGGUGCUGCAUUUGGUAUUCCCGCUGCCAUUUGACAUUUAUGUCGCCUGCUUCUGGGAGAUAAGCGGCACUAGGAUCGUGGGAUUGGUAACGCUGCAGCAGUGGAGCUGGAGGAUCGCCGCCAUGGCAUCGUCGUCGAGAGGCAAGCGGCAGGCGAGCAAUCGCUGGAUGCUGUUGCUGGUGCACGGCCUGCUGGCGCUGGCCGUGCUGCACAUGCACAGCCUGAAGGCGGGCGGGGUUGAGGCGCUGCCGAUUACCUCGCGGCCCAUCGAGGGCAAUGCCCAGAAGGAUGCGUGGGAGGCGUGGCUGCGCCUGCCCUACGAACAGAAAUCGCUCGAGAAGCAGAAGAAGGUGAUGCCCAAGUCCAUAUUCGCGCUGCCCUUCCGCCACUGUCCGCCGGGCCACAAGCUGUACAACGAGCGCUGCAUCUCGCAGACCAACAUCGAUCCCACCGAUCUCGUUGCGCAGGAGCUGCAGGAACAGCUGGGCUACGGCGGUGGCGGCGGUGCUGGCGGUGGGCCCACGGCCUUCACCGACUACGACUACAGCGACAACGAGAGCGACGAGCUCAUCUACGAGAUGCCACUGGGGCCGCUCAUUCUGUCCGAUCCGCUGCCCACGCUGCCCACAAGUGGUGCCAGUGGUGCCGAGGACCAGGCGCUGCCCAGCGAGGAUGCGCCGCUCAAAUUCAAUAUAUUCGAAAAGAAGUUUCCCACGGCAUCGGAGUCUGAUGUUGUCAAUACAACGACAGCAACAUCAUCAUCGAUUGCAACGGCAACGGCAACAGCAACGACCACGCCAACACCCACAAUAGCAACGAUGCGCGAGGACGCCCUCAAGGCGCAGCAGCGGCCGAGUAAUCGCAUAGCCGAGAGCGACCAAGACCUGCAGGCGGAUGCGAGCAGCGCUCUGCCCAGCACAACAAGCCUCAGCAUAUCCAGCAGCAGCAGCAGCAGCAGCAGCAGCAGCAACAUUGGCUCCUUCGGCGACAUUGGCCAUAUCGAUGCCAUUGUUGUGCCAGCGGGCGCGUCAGUGAAUGAAGAGCCAACGGUGCAGCUUGUGACGAGUUCGAUGCGCACUGAGCCCAAGGCGAAGCCGGAUGCAAAGCCCAAUGCGGGGGCGCAAUCGGAGUCAGAGCCAGAGCCCGAGCCCGAGUCGGACUCAGAGUCAGAGUCAGAGAGCGCUGCCGAGACGGUGGCUGAGGCUGAGGCCGAGGCCGAGGCCGAGGCAGAGAUCGAAACGGACCUGGAGCAGCUGCUCAAGGUCGACGCCUUUCUGCCGGCCUACGGCAGCAGCGUCGAUUUGAUGCCGCAGUUCAGUCAUCGUCGCGUCUCGCCGCUCAGCGCCGAUCUGGAUGCUGACGACUCAGCGACGGAUAUUGUUCCAACCACAGCAGAGCGCGAUGCCGAUGCAACAACAACAACAACAACAGCAACAGCAGCUACAGCAGCAACAACACCAAACGAUGAGAAUUACACGCCUUUCUGGUGGCUGCCUAGCAUCGGGUGGCGCGUCGAUCGUCAGGUGGACGAGAAGGGCGAGGAUCGUUCGUUGUUGUUGCGCAUCUUCAGGACGUUUCGUGGCAGCGACAGCAGCACAGCAGCAACAGCAGCAACACUAACGUCGCGCCGCUAGUGCGGCCCAGCUAUUUGGUAGCCAACUGGCGCCAUUCCAGUGCCUGCGCGCUGCUCUUAGCAGCUCUCGCCCGUGCGGAGAGUCGCUGGAGUCCGCUGGUCGGUCGGAAGUGCUGCCGUGUCGUCGAACGGUGCCGCUGGCAGCAACGCUUCAAUUGUGUGUUGAACUCUCUGCUUGGCCAGUUGCAACCAGCGUCUAACCUAACCCUACUCCCCCACACUCACACUUACACUUACACUUACACUACACCACACAGCACUACUUAGCUUU